AGUAUUAAGGCGGAAAUCUAACUUUCGUUGGAACCAAUAUCAAUCCGCGGAUAGAGCCGUGUCGCUUUUGUCUGAGGCGCCUUUUAAGGAUGUCUCUUCCUAAGUCUGCAUAUAUCAGUGAGGUGUGGAAGGAUGGAAUCUUCGAUAGCAAAGUCGUAUUCUGUACCGGCGGUGCUGGCACUAUUUGUAGCGCUCAAGUACGGGCAAUGGUUCAUCUAGGCGCCAACGCAUUCAUUCUCGGACGGAAUGUCGAGAAAACUGAGCAAAUGGCGAAGGACAUUGCUAGAACUCGCCCUGGCGCAAAAGUUAUUGGCCAGGGAGGGGUUGACGUCCGGAGCUUCGAUAGUCUAAAAAGCGCAGCUGAGCGAUGUGUGAAAGAGUUGGGUGCAAUCGACUUCGUUAUUGCUGGUGCUGCUGGGAAUUUCCUUGCGUCGAUAGAACAGCUUUCUGUCAACGCUUUCAAAUCUGUCAUGGACAUCGAUGUUUUAGGAUCGUAUAAUACUCUCAAAGCCACCAUUCCCUAUCUCGUCGAGUCCGCAGCAAAACACAAAUGUGAUGGAAUUACUCCUUCUCCCACAGGUACAGGAGGACGAAUUAUUUUCGUCAGUGCAACACUCCACUAUACCGGAACCCCGCUCCAAACGCACGUCGCAGUUGCCAAAGCCGGAGUAGACUCGCUGUCUAACAAUGUGGCAAUUGAAUAUGGCCCUCGGGGCGUCAAUUCUAACAUAAUCUCCCCCGGGCCAAUCGGAGGCACAGAGGGAAUGCAACGUCUUUCUCGCGAGGACGAUGCAAAGGGCCAGAUGUCCGUAAUCCCGUCAGGAAGAUGGGGUACGGUGAAGGAAAUAGCGGAUGCCACCGUCUAUCUCUUCUCGGAUGCCGGAAACUAUGUCAAUGGCACAAAUCUUGUUGUGGACGGUUCUGCCUGGCGUUUCCAGAAUCAAGUCAACAAGUCUGGAUUUAAAUAUCCGGAUUUUCUCCUUUCCGGGGAAGAGGUGACGGGUGUAGCAGGGUUGAAGAAAUCGAAAUCGAAUCUUUGAUCUCUACUACUUAUGUACAGUAGAUGUGGAGGAGCUUGAAUUGCUUGGAUGCUGGGUUGAAUCAGAUAUCUGUAGUGUUUUCCCCCUUUACCUAUCUCUUUGCGUUUUGCACGCCAUUCAAUAUUCUAUAUGAUUCUUUAUUUUUACUUUUCACCGGCACCAGGUAAACAUUUAUUGAUCUAGGCUCUUAGCAGUGAUUCUUUGCACACAC